GGUCCCGUCCUCGUCGCGUCCCUGUGGCCGAAGAGCUCGCUCUCGCAGAAGCAAAUGGCGCAUCACCGAGUCCCACGCGCGCUGCUCGACGCGGCGUCGGAAGAGGACAUGCCGCCGGUGCCGACCGCGCCGCCCUUGCCUCCUCUCGCCUCGCUCGCCUCGCGUGCCUGGAGCCCCCAAUACGAAGCCGCGUGCGCCGCCUUCCGAGGGCCGACGCCGCGCUCGAACUGGAUCGUCCCGGGCCGCAUCCUGUGCGGCGAGAGGCCGCACGAUAAUCUGAAGCUCCUAUGCGGCGCUGGCGUCACGACGUUCGUCAGCCUGCAAACCAAGGGCGAGAGCCCACCGUACGACAGCGGCGUGACGAAGCUGACUCCAUCCGCCCGCUUCAUGUCGCUGCCGAUCGUCGACCAGUGCACGACCGACGACGCGCUCGUGGCGCGUCUCGUGCUGUCGCUCCUCCAGCGCCUCGCCGACGGCGAGACGCUCUACAUCCACUGUCGCGGCGGCCACGGCCGCACGGGCACCGUCUGCAGCCUCCUGCUCGGCCUCGUGCACGGCCUCGACGGCCCUCGCGCGCUCUCCACGUACCAGGCGCUGCACGACCUGCGCGAGCAGCCGUGCUUCGCGUCCCGCAGCGGCUACGAGCCGAGCGCCGACGGUGCGGCGUGCGUGGCUCUCUUCGACGAGCAGCGCGCGCAAGUGAUCCGCCUGCUAGCAGCCGACGAGGGUGAAGCGGCGGCGGGAGUGGCAACGGCGGCGGCGGAGGCGGAGGCGCCACCGCCCACGACCGAGGCGGAGCCAGCGAGUCGGCUCAAUCGGCACAACUCGAGCAAGGCGGAACGGCGCGCGCUGCAGCAGGCCCGGCGUUCCGCCAAGCCGCCGUCCGAGGCGCCUCCGCCACCACCCGCGUCGCACCGCUGGAGCCACUACCUGGUACUCGAUUUCGAGGCGACGUGCGAGCGUAACGACCCGACGCAGAGCCAGUGGUCCGAGAUUAUCGAGUUCCCGUGCGUGCUCGUCGACGCGCACACGCUCGCCACGCUCGGCGAGUUCCGCUCGCUCGUCAAGCCCGUCGGCCGGCCCGUGGGUGCCUUCUGCACUGAGCUGACGUCCAUCACGCAGGAGAUGGUCGAAGGCGCGCCGACCCUCCCCGCCGUUCUCAAGCAGUUCAGCGCGUGGCUACCGAGCGUCCUCGGCACGGACGACGUGUCCAGCGUGCUGCCGGUCACGUGUGGCGAGCCCGACCUCUCGGCCAUGCUUCCGCGCGAGUGCGCGCGCAAGCGGCUGCAGGUGCCGCCCGUCCUCAAGCGCUACUGCAACGUGAAGAAGCCCUUCACCGCCCACACCGGGGCCAAGGCGGGCGGCAUGGACAAGAUGCUCCGCCAACUCCAACUGCCGCUCGUCGGCCGGCACCACCUCGGCAUCGACGACGCGCGCAACAUCGCGGCCAUCGUCGUGCGGCUUCGGCAGCUCGGCGCGAAAAUCGACGCGACGGGCGGCUCUUCCGCGACCGACGACGCGACCGACGCCAACGAGGGUGACGCGGCGGCGGCGCCGCUGCCGCCGCAGCGAAACCUGAGCGAGGCGUACGGCCGCGGCGCGUCCAAGUACGACGAGGCGACGCUCGCCGAGUGGAGGACGCGCGGCGAGGGCGCGGCGGACGCGGCGAAGCGACGCGAUUGGGCGACGGCCGUCGGCGAGUUUGAGGCGUGCGUGAGCUUGCGCCCCGACUGGGACAAGGGACGCGCGUGCCUCGCCAAGGCCAAGGAGAAGGCGGAGGCGGCGGCGGCCCCGGCGGCGGCGCCGGCGGCGGUAGCGCCACCGGUGGAGGCGCUGCCGGUGGAGGCGGCGGCAGCGGAGGCGUCGGCAGCGGAGGCGUCGGCGUCGGCGUCGGCGUCGGCGUCAGCGCCAGCGUCGGCGUCGGCGUCGGCAGCGGACAGUCGCGGCGGGCAGGGCCGCCUCGGUCCGCAGGUGCCUUCGUUCGUGGCGCUCGUCGGGCUGCCCGGCUGCGGCAAGUCGACGUUCGCUCGGGCGCUCGCCGCGUCGCACAAGUCAUGGGUGGCGCUCGAUUCGGACGAGGUCGGCGGCCGCCGCGCGUUCGAAGAGGCGCUCUCUCGUGCGUGCGGGGGCGGCGCGGAGUCGCGCGUCGUGGUCGACCGAUGCAACGUGAAGCCGGCCGACCGGCGCACGCUGCUCGAGAUUGUCGGGAGGGGCGCUCCAGGCAAGCGCGGCGGCGGCGGCGGCGGCGGCGGCGCGUGCGUCGCUGUCUUCUUCGACACCGACAAGCGCACCUGCAUCGAGCGCGUCGCGGGACGCACCGACCAUCCGAGCAUCCCGUACGGCCACGGUCGCCCCGCGGUCGAGUCGAUGGCCAAGGCGCUCGAGCUACCACCCGCCGUCGAGAAGCUCCGAGCCGGCGGCGGCGCGGCCGCGGCCUCGGCGGACGCCGAAGGGUUCCGCUGGCACGUCGUGCGCAGCGCGGCGGAGGCGGACGCCCUCCUCUCGAGCUGGGGCGCCGCGCCCGCCGAGGCCGCGCCGCUCGGCCUCUUCAAGUUCCCGCGCACGCGGCACAUCGUCAACACGGGCGGCACCGCCGUGACGCGCGACGACCUGCUGAUGGAUGACGCGGACGCGCGGCGCUUCUUCGACGGCGUCACGACGGUCGUCGCGGAGGAGAAGGUCGACGGCGCGAACCUCGGCAUCUCCCUCACGGCGGACUACCAGUUCCGUUGUCAGAACCGCUCGCACUUCGUCAACCCGCAGUCGCACGCGCAGUUCAAGCCGCUCGCGGGUUGGCUGGAGGAGCACGGCUGGGCGCUGUGCAGCCUCCUCGAGCCCGAGGUCGAGGUCCUCUUCGGGGAGUGGUGCGUCGCGCAGCACUCGGUCAAGUACAGCAAGCUGCCCGGCUACUUCCUCGCCUUCGACAUCUACAACAAGCGCACGGGCACCUUCGUCUCGGCGAGCGAGCGGAACCGCCGGCUCGCCGGCCUCGAGAUCCCCGUCGUGCGCACGCUCGCGCGCCGGACCUUCGCCUCCAAGGACGAGCUCCUCGAGCUCCUCGAGAUGCAGUCGGCCUACGGCGACGGAUACGUCGAGGGCACCUACCUGCGCAUCGACAGCGACGCCGGCGGUGCGGGCGCCGGCGCGGCCGACGCGGCGGCGCACGCUCCGCGGAACGAACUGCGCGGCAAGAUCGUCCGCUCGGACUUCAUCCAGGGGAUCACCGACCACUGGCAAGCCUCCGACAUCGUGAAGAACGGGGUGCGGCCGGACCUGUGGGCGGGCGUGGAGGAGGAGGAGGAGGAGGAGGAGGAGGAGGCCGUGGGCGUCGCCUGAGCUGAGCUACCCUCGGUGGCAAUUUGUAAGUUGUAACCCACGCGUGUGCGCGGUGCCCCGUGCCGGCGAUGCAGGAGGCGCAGGGUGCGGACGCAUCUCAAGAGUGCGCGCUAGCGGGCCAGGUGGCAGCGGCGGCGCCAGCCGAUUGGCUGGCGGUGGAGGAAGCGCGCGAGGAGGCGGAGCCGGCUGCGCGUGCCGAGGCGGCAGCAGAGGCGGCAAGGGUUCAAGCGAUGGAGCGCGCCGGUGCCUGCCUAGCCGAGGAGUUGAUAGCGAGGGUCGUUUCGGACGCCGCGAAAGAUCUUGCGGCGGCGGCAGUGGAGCGGCGCACGUUGGCGGCGGAGGCUGCGAGGCAAGAGGUGGAAGAGGCGUCGCGACGAGAGGCCGAGGCGCAGGCGCGGCGCGAGGCAGCAGCGGAGGACAGGAAGUGGCGUGAGCUAGAGGCGACGGCCAAGGCGGAGGCGGCGGCGGUGGCGGCGGCGGCGGCGGCGGCUGGGCUUGUGGCGGCGGCGGCGGCGGCGGCUGGGCUUGUGGCGCCCGCGCUUGCGUCGGCGGUAUUGGAGGCGAGGGCGGAGGCCGAGAAGACGCGGCUAGGUGGGUGCACGCCGUGGCUGAGGACGGCGUCCUUUACUCCUUCGACCUCGGAAAGGGCGAGCUCGGCCACUUGCUCAAGGCGCACGAAAAGGACGUGAUCGGCGUGGUCUCCCAUCCGCACCGCAACCUCGUAACCGGUUUCGUCGCCACGUGGUGCGACGACGGCACACUCCGCCUCUGGCGGGCGUCGGCCCAUGGCGACUGACGCCCCCGGCCGGCGCAGCGUGGGGGGGGGGGGGCAGGCACGCCGCUUUGUCUAGGCUCUAGCCACCGCGCUCGCGUCUGCGCGGGGGCCGUACAAAUGCUCAGGGUAUGAAUCUACGUAAGCUCUGGGAAUCCGCUCUGGGGGCCUCUGCAGUUCGUUUGUGCAACUGAAAACUGUACUCACACCUCCUCACGAAACACAGGGCGUGUGAGCCCGAGUUGCCAAGUU